UAUGUUUUUUGCUUGGGUGAUAACGCGAUUGUUUACUUUUUGUGAUAUCCUCGUUUUCCUGAUUUUUCUUGUUUCCAGUGAAAUCUUUUAAACGCAAAAGAAAUGCGAAGUAUUUACGAGGAUUUGUCUGAGGAACACCCUCGAAAACUCAUUCCCGAGCUCUGCAGGCAGUUCUACAAUUUGGGAUGGGUCACUGGAACCGGAGGAGGAAUAAGCAUCAAGCUCGAUGACGAAAUCUACAUCGCGCCUUCAGGUGUUCAGAAGGAACGAAUUCAGCCUGAAGAUUUAUUCAUUCAGAACAUCGACGGUGAAGAUCUGCAGCUUCCUCCUGAUUACAAGAAAUUGUCCAAGAGCCAGUGCACUCCGCUUUUCAUGCUGGCGUACAAGCAUCGCAACGCAGGAGCAGUGAUUCACACUCACUCUCCAAACGCCGUGAUGGCCACCCUCCUUUGGGAAGGCUCGGAGUUCCGCUGCAGCCACUUGGAGAUGAUAAAGGGUGUGUAUGAUGACACACUGAAACGCUACCUUCGCUAUGACGAGGAGCUCGUGGUGCCAAUUAUCGAAAACACUUGCUUCGAGAGGGAUCUCGAGGAGUCUCUCCUCGAGGCCAUGAAGGAAUAUCCGGGAACGCACGCUGUCCUCGUUCGUCGCCAUGGCAUUUACGUGUGGGGCGACACGUGGCAGAAGGCGAAGACGAUGACCGAAUGUUACGACUAUCUCUUCAACAUUGCAGUGAAGAUGAAGAAGUGCGGCAUCAAUCCGUCGUCAUUUAAGAAGUGAAGUGUUUGCAUUUUGGCUCUGGUAGUCACGAGAUCUUAUAAUAAUGGAAGAAAAUGGAGAAUAAUAAAACCUACAGAAUUGUAA